UGAUCGUACGUGACGCAUUUGCUGAAUACAGAUUUGAAGAUUUUCAGCGGAGACGAAAUACGGAGGGUGCGGAGAAGAUGCUCGAGCUUUGAAAGAGGCAGAAAAUCAAUAGAGGAGAUGAAGAUCGAAUACAUGGAGGAAGAGUUUGCGGAGGGUGAAGGAAGAAAUCAAUGUGCUGAAUCUGAAGAAGGAAGAGACCAAGGGGACAUAGAUAAGAAUCAGUCCAAAUGCGAUGGAAGAGGUAGCGGUUCAGCUACGGUGGGUGGGUAUAAUAAGGAUAAACCUCCAGAAGACGAUUGCUGCCCCAUUUGUUUUGAUGAGUUUCGCUUUCCGUGCAGGACGAGCUGUGGCCACUGGUUUUGCUCCAACUGCAUUUGGGAACUCUGGAGAUACUCGACGAGUGUGAAACCAUGCAAGUGUCCUAUGUGUAACUGUGUAGUAGCUAAGCUGGUCCUGGACUCAUCUGUGUUGAGCCAAACUGGAGUCGAAGUUGGCAAAAUAAUAAAAAACAUUGAGCGGUAUAAUCGCCUUGCUGGUGGAGGUUGGGCUGGCUUAUUUCAGAAAACUCUAGAAUUGCCCAUGCUUGUCAGGAGGAGGUCACGGGAAUAUCUAAGUCCGCUGAUGCUGAGAAAUAUCUAUAAUGUUGCCCGUUUGAUUGGCCUAUUGCUGGGCAUGCUCUAUGAUUCCUACAAUUUUCGAUUCUUUCCAAAAGGCGGGCUGGGGAUACAGUUAGUUUUUGAGAUGUGCGGCUACACCCUCGUCAUGUUCCUCAUUUUGGAUGCGAUAUGGUACCACUGGAUGCUUAGACAACACGCUAGGCAUUUGGCUCAGCACCCUGAGCUAGAAUAGCAUAUAUGGAGUGACUAAGCAGAGGUUGAUUUCAGGUGUGUGCCGUGCUCCCAUUGUUGUUUUGCACCGGAUGUGUAUAGAAGCUUCCCGACUAUACGAAUGAGUUAAAUAACUAGUUGCCACGCGACAAAAGAACUUACCAUGUAUGUAUGUAUGCAUGCAAGUCAAUAUCUGGUUGUUUGUAUAAAUAAAUAUCUUAGAGAAUAAUGAAAUUUAGGGAGUUGCUAUGAGUUCUUUUGCAAGGCAAGUGUUGGCUUAAUGAUGAUGAUGAGCCUAUUGGGUAUUUUCCAUUUCCUGCUUAGUCAUUGUUUAGUUUGAGAAGUGGUUUGUUUUGUAGGGAAAUAAUUAGGAGAUGAGAUGAGUCGGGUUUGUUUAGAUAGGAGUUUUUUGAAAAUUUGGAAGUUUGGAAAAAAUAAAAAAUUAGUAUUUGAUUUGAUAUUUUGUGAGAGAAAAAGUAUAUUUGAUGUGAUAUUUUUUUAAGAA